CCGAAUAAUUAGCGCGCUCACCAGAUUUUCUUAUCAGCGGUGUGUCCCGCACAUUUACCAGUUUGCGUGUUGUUUGUGAAUCCCCAGGGACUUAAUUCACUACUCUUUCGGAUUGUCUCAUGGAAUUAUACUCCCAGCUUAAUCGUGCUCAGCUUAGUUACGACUAUCUUCACACCAACUCGACGACCCAUGAGUUUCUUUUUGGUGCAAUCGCGGAACUUAUUGAUAAUGCUCGUGAUGCUGGUGCGACAGAGCUGGACAUAUAUACAAUUAAGGACAGUUCCGUACGUGGGAAUUUCCUACUCUGUUUUGCAGACAAUGGUUGCGGCAUGACAACAGAUGAGGUCAAAAAUGUCAUAAUAUUCGGGAAGUCACUAAAGAAGUGUGAGGACAGUGCCGCCAUAGGUAUGUAUGGGAAUGGCUUAAAAUCUGGUUCUAUGCGAAUUGGAAAGGACUUGAUUUUGUUCACCAAAAAGGAUGGCAUAUACACAUGUUUAUUUCUCUCAAGGACUUUCCACGAAGAGGAGAAACUUGAUGAGGUAGUUGUUCCUAUGCCCUCGUUUAAAGGCACAGAGAAAACUCCUAUUGCGGACACUCCUGAAGAGAAGAAGAAACAUGAACUCGAAAUGUUUAUAAUUCUGAAGUAUUCGCCAUUCCGCUGCAUGAAGGAUUUCUUCGCACAAUUUGAUAAACUUAAAGAGAAUUCAGGGACCGUAGUGAUUAUAUACAAUAUGAAGCUUCUCGACCAUGGAGGACCUGAGUUGGAUGUAACUACAAAUACCAGAGAUAUACUUCUUAGCCCUGGUUCAGAACAAGAAGAGACCGUUGAACCGGAUGCAGAAGUUAUGCUCCCACCUGAAAGACGCAGUCUUCGGGCGUAUGUAUCAAUUCUCUAUUCUGACCCUCGUAUGAAGGUGUAUUUACAAGGUCGGAAAGUACAAACCAAAAGACUACUUGCAACGCUGCAUAGUGCUCGAAAAUACAAUUUUGCUAGUAAAACUUUUCGUACCAGAGCUGAAGCAGAUUUAGCAAAAGCUAAAAAUGAUGUGAGAAUAGCUGAGCUUCGUGCUCAAGAGGCAGAAAGCAAGGCUCGGGAUUGUGAACUUCGCUACCAAGGCUCCGAAGACCCUGAACAUUUGCGUCAAAUACGUCGUCUUAAAAAUGCUGCUGCCGAGCUACGUUCAGCUGUGGAAAUGAAACAAAAUAUUGUUGCAAGAAAAUCAAAAUCAAUCAAGGAUCCUAAGACGCUUACAUUCUAUUUCGGUGUAAAUGUUAUGAAUCGUGCUUGUGAUGGUAUGUUUGUCUAUAAUUGUUCGCGUUUAAUCAAAAUGUACCAACGGAUUGGGCCACAACAAGAUUCUAGUAUGAUGUGCCGUGGUGUAGUUGGAAUUGUUGAUGUCCCCUAUAUGGUCCUUGAGCCCACACAUAAUAAACAAGAUUUUGCAGAUGCUAAAGAAUAUCGUCAAUUAAUGCGUGCAAUGGCAGAUCAUUUAAUGCAGUAUUGGGAUGAUCUUGGAAUCGAUAAAGAAUCAGAUAGUUUAAUACGAUUUUGGAAAAGUUUUGGUUAUUUGUCAGCACGUUGGCGGGAUCCACCCAGUAUAGAGGAUAAAUAUGCCCGUCGUCGUUGUUGUUCCGUUUCUAUUUGUGUCCAGUGUGAUAAAUGUCUAAAAUGGAGAAUACUUCCGUUCUCACAAAGUCUUGUCGGACGAGAUGUCCCAGAUAAUUGGCAAUGUCGAGAUAACACGGAUCAUAAGCAUAAAAAAUGUGAAGAUCCUGAAGAAGAUAUGAGUCCGCCAAUGGGAGUUCUUAAGCGAAAAAUUAAAACGAAAGAACAAAGACAAGCAGAACUUGAAAAACAAAUCCGCAAAAAACAGGAGGAACUUGAAUUAAUUCAAGAUCCGGAUGAUGAAAAAACUGAUGAUUCCAGUGCCACUUCUAACCGUAGUAGUCGGUUAAGUGGAUCUGCCAAUGGCAAAUCUCCACGUAAACGGCCUUCUCAACCACCUCAACCUACUGCAGAUCCUCCGAACAAAAAAUCCACUCAUGCUCCUCCGCCGCCGCCGCCUCCUCGUGCUAUGACAGUUGCUGAUAAGAAACGUCAAGCUGCUGGAUUAGCAUCAUCCAAUGGUCCUUCAUCUACAACAGCUGAAAAGCGUACUGGUUUACCGUUACCGACAAUUAAUCAACGCCAACCACGUCCUGGUGGAUUAGUCCCUAAAAUCCCACAGCGUAAUUCAAUUGCUCCUAAAGUACGCAGAGUUACAACAGCUGAAGAUGAAAGCAGCAAUGAAGAGACUAGUGAUGAAGAAGAAGACGAGGAGGAGGAGAAGGAGAAAGAGAAAGAAGUCACUAAGCAGACAACUCCGAAAACUAAUCGUAACAAACCAAUUACUCCUCCAUCAAAAGUGAAUAAUCCUGUUGUUGUUGCAGCGACGAGUAGUUCAACAGUACCGAGUACUUCUCAAUCCCAAGAGAGAAAUACAUCGAAAAGCACUGAUGAAGUAAAUGGAAAGAAGACCAGUAAUACGGAAAAGAGUCCUGUACAAGAUGUAAUUACAAUGCAUCAUCGGAACAGAAAUUCAACGGAUCGUGAUAAUAAUGGUGAGGUAGCAUCGAUUCCAACAAAUAAAGAUUCGCUGGUAAAUGAGAAUUCAGUUGGAGAUAAAACAACAGAGGUGAAUUCCUCUUCAACUGUAGUAACCUCUUUACCCUCAGAAACGAAUAUUGCAAUGAAUAGAAAAAUCCAAGAGAAAUUCAAGGUUUGUUUACGAUAUUUCUUACCGCCGUCAUGGUCAGUGGAAAAGGAUAGAAUCCAUACACUUACAGAAUCAGAUCUUGCAAGCUUCCCUUUAGAAGAUUUCUUCGAUAGAUAUGAACAAGGUCUUCGAAAUCUGUUAACCUCCUUCCAACAGGAAACCGCAGUAGUCACAGAUCAACUGACAGAAUUACGGUCCAAUGUGUGUGAAUUUCUGAAGAAAUACGAUCCAGACUUCAAAGAACCCUUGACUAAUAUCGAAGAAGUGGAUAAUUAUCUGAAAAAUUUCCUUGCAAAAAGUUGAAUUCCUCCGCUCAUCAUAAAAAAAGACAACAACUAAACCAACCAUUGGUUGGUGGUUGAAUUAAUCUUUUCCCUGUGCAAACGGAGUUUUCUCCCUCUCCUCUCCUCUACUCAUGCGCGCAGCUGUUAUAUAUAUAUACAUAUAUUAUAUACAUAUAUAUAGUAAUUAUUAUUAUUAUUAUGUAUGCCUCUUUUAUGGUUGGUGUCUCACCGAAUCUCUUUUGACUCUUCUCUUUUUGUGCAUAUUAAUGUAUUCCUUCAACAAUUGUCUGUCUAUAAAUCUACGUGUUGUUACUCUAUAUAUAUCUGUAUACAGCAUAGCAAAACAACGACAACAACAAAAAAAGUAUAAUUGAAUCAAGACAUUUAGUUUCAUCUGUUAGACAACACUUUCUGUAUAUGUCUAUAGAAGUUGUUGAUAUGAUAAUGUGACAAUUAUGGUUUUUUAUGUUGUUGUUUUUUUCCUCCAUCACCUACCUAUCUUUGUAAUUAAAUAAUUAAUUAAUUAAUUGAUUGAUCUUACUUGUCAUUCCAGCUCUCUUCUUUUUUGCAUCCUUUAUUCGACGCAUGCUCUUAACUGUGCCAUUUAUCCAUACAUCCAUCUGUCUAUCUAUCCUAUUUAUUACACUGCCACUUUAGGAGUGGUGUUGUUAUCCCUUCGUAUAUAUAUAUAUAUAUAUAUCGCCUUUCCCAUUUUACUGCAUAGAUUGACCUUUUGUUUACUCUCCACUCCGCUCCUCUGCUCUGCUCUACUUGACUGAUGGCAAUCUGAGGUGUCUAUCUAUACAGCAGAGAAUUAAUUAGGGUAGUGACCUGCUGAUAUUACGCAUACUAAUACUACUACUACUACUAUUGCGACGACAACAAUUAAUGACAACCGUGUCGCUUCUGUACAGUCAUCCUCUUGAUAAUAGUGAUAAUGUUGAAAUCUCUUUAUUUGUAUAACGUUAUCGUAGUUCUUGUUUGUUGGUAAAGAGUUACUACUUAUUAUUAUUAUGAUUAUUAUUGUAUCUUUUGUUGUGUAUACCUACCUGUGUGUUUACAACCAAGGUUAAUUAACAUUGUAUACGAUACAUCAAAAAAGGGAUUAUCCCCUUUUCUUUUCUUCUUUUCCCUGUAUAUUCAACACAAUUUUAGCAUUGUAUUUUUUUCCCUAUCUUUACUUACAUAAAAAAAUGCAAUCGAUUUCCGUUGCAUUAGUAGUGCUAAUCAUAAUAAUAUUGUAAUAUCUGUUGAUCACUACUACUACUGUUAAAGAAAGAGUAGAAAAAAAAUAAUAAUAAUAAAACAAUCGUUGAUCG